AGUCUCUGUUUUUUUUUAUUAAUCCAUCAUAAAUUGACUCCAUUAUAAUUGAGAAUCAAAACGAUGGGAAGAUCACCAUGUUGCGAGAAGAAGAAUGGGCUCAAGAAAGGACCAUGGACUCCUGAAGAAGAUCAAAAGCUCGUUGAUUAUAUCAAUAAACAUGGUUAUGGAAAUUGGAGAACUCUUCCCAAGAAUGCUGGGUUACAAAGAUGUGGUAAGAGUUGUCGCCUCCGGUGGACAAAUUAUCUCCGACCAGAUAUUAAGCGAGGAAGAUUCUCUUUCGAAGAAGAAGAAACUAUUAUUCAACUUCACAGCAUCAUGGGAAACAAGUGGUCUGCGAUUGCCGCUCGUUUGCCAGGAAGAACAGACAACGAGAUCAAGAAUUACUGGAACACUCACAUCAGAAAAAGACUUCUAAAGAUGGGAAUCGAUCCCGUAACACACACUCCACGUCUUGAUCUUCUCGAUAUCUCCUCCAUUCUCAGCUCAUCUCUCCACAACUCUUCGCAUCAUCAUCAUCAGCAUAUGAACAUGUCGAGGCUCAUGAUGGGAGAUGCUCUAGUUAACCCUGAGAUAAUCAAACUCGCGUCCUCUCUCUUUUCUACCUCUCAACAUCAUCAAAACCAAAACCACCCCAACACACACGGAAAUAAGACGGUAAACCAAAACGAACUAAACCAAUACCAAACCGGUUAUAACAACAUGAUUUGUAAUCAAGAAUUACAGUCUUGCUUCCCUAUCAUGGAUCAAUUCGAGGAGUUCCAAGACCUCAUGCCAAUGAAGACAGUCCAAGAUUUAAUACCUUCGUUAUUGGAACCUUUUUACUCCGACUUUGCUUCGGUCUUGACCACACCACCAGCUUCUUCGAGCCCGACUCCAUUAAACUCAAGUUCCACAACUUACAUCAAUAGUAGCACUUGCAGCACUGAGGAUGAAAAAGAGAGUUACUGCAGUAAUAAUUUCAUGACUACUUCUGAAAUUCUUGAUUAUUCGUUUCUGCAAUUCCAAGAAACAAAACACCACUGGAAUAGAGUUAUUUAAAAAAUAAUAAUAAUGUAUUCGUUAAAUAGAUUUUGUUACAUAUGUAAGAUACUAUUUUUUAUUGUGGGAGAGUUUCAG